CGAGCCGGUCCGAGGCGUGUUUAUAAAGACGGGACCACCCGUACGAUCACAGGCGUAGAGGCGAACAAUGUAGCGAGCACAUCAUGUGCGCCGCGCGCCGCGGUGGCCGGUGGGGCGAGCAGUGCAGGCCACCCAGCCAAGGCACGCCCGCGUCAGCCUCACGCCCUAGUGGAGCGCCCCGAGAACGAUCGGGCAAGCAAUCGUGGCGUGCGCGAUCCGUGCCUGGUCCAUGGCUUGAAUCGUGUCGAAGUUAGGCAAAGCAGAGGCGAACAAACAACGACGAGGCCAUGGCCACCGAAAGCAGCGCCACCAGCAUCGCAGAAAGGGUCGCGAAGCCAGAUCCCAUACCGCACUCCGGACGAGCACUUCGCGCCUUCUACGGUCAGAGCCUCCCGCGGUGAAUCGUACCGAGCGCGCUUCUUUAUGGUCCUUGUUAAUCCACCGCCCGACGGUGGAACUGGAAUCCGGGCCGACCCCGGCGCGCUGGGAAUGGCGCUCCCCGGAUUCGUGGGCUCCCUGCCGGAUGACGGCACCAAGAAGAUCCGGAAGCCCUACACUAUCACCAAGUCUAGGGAGAGCUGGACGGAGCAGGAGCACGACAAAUUCCUAGAAGCGCUCCAGCUUUUCAAUCGUGACUGGAAAAAAAUAGAAGCAUUUGUUGGCUCAAAGACAGUUAUCCAGAUAAGAAGUCACGCACAGAAGUACUUCUUAAAGGUCCAAAAGAAUGGAACUGUUGCUCAUGUACCACCACCUCGGCCCAAGCGUAAAGCAGCUUGUCCAUAUCCACAAAAGACAUCUAAGAAUGCUCCUCAAAUAGCUCAACCAAAACCAUUUCAAGUUACAUAUUUGCAUGAACAAAGCUAUGUCUAUGGGACCAAGUCAUCGUCCUUGCUCAGGAACUCUUGCAAUGAAGGUGCACAACCAGGAGUUAUUGUAGUUGAGAAUUGCUGUUUGAGCAGUAUUGAAAGCCCUUGUGCAUCCCAAGCAAGCUGUGAAAAAUGCAAGCAAGGAAACCAAAUAGCAUUACUUCAGGCCAUGCCAGAUUUUGUUCAGGUAUACAACUUCUUAGGCAGUGUUUUUGAUCCAAGUACAAGAUGCCAUUUACAGAAGCUAAAGGAGAUGGAUCCUGUUGAUGUUGAAACAGUAUGCCUCUAUGCUUUAUUGUUAAUGAGGAAUCUGUCCAUCAAUUUGACUAGCCCUGAUUUUGAAGAUCAUAUGAAGUUACUGGCCGGGUAUGGCUCUCAAGUGUCGGAACCUAAACCUGUCAGCGCUGACAAGCUACUACUUGCUAAUUAACAUUCAACUACUGUUUGUACCUGCAAGAUUAAUCAUGUCAUUUACACGUUUCUAUCACAUUAGUUCUUGAUUUGUUUGCAAGCCUCGUCUGAGUACGGCCUUAGCUGGUCUGUCUCCCUCAGUAGCUAGCAAGCAAAUAUCACAGCUAAAGCCUAUACAGAAUUGCGUACGAUCGGACCAAUCCUGAGGUUGCAGAAUGCCAAGUGCGAAUCUCCUUGUCGGAU